GUAUUUACAUCACAUUUAUCGUGAACUCUGAAAAUGUACACAAUUGCAGUCAUGUUCAUAACAACCUUGGAAUUCAAGAUUUGCAAUGGUGUUUUGUAUUUCUACGUUUCAAAUCACGACUUUUUGGAAAGCCUUGACAUUGGAAAUAUUUUCGGUGGGCAGUGUUUCACUGGAGUUCUUGAUAAAAAGGGGCUUAACGCUCUCCCAGUAUUUUUUUUCGAAUUCAGUAUACCAAAAUUCCUGAUAAAGUAUCAUAUAUUAAUUUUUCGGAUUCUUUCGCGUUACAAUCUUGCGAUGAUGUCGAAGUGGAUUUUUCUUUCGUUGGUCCUGAUGGUUGUGUUUGCAAAGGCACAAGGACAAGGGCCAACGAUUAGUUGUUGGUGCAAUCUGUGGCAAAUAUUCACUAGGACGUGUUCCUGUCUUGUUUCCACCACUUCCACCACAAUUGCACCACCAACCAUGGCACCUGUGCCUAUAAUAAACAAUGUGACCAAUCCUUGAUAGCACACAAUAUCAGGCAACAUUUAUUGUUAACUGAUAUCCAUUUACACGUGAAUAAAAGUUGAAAUGAAAUGAAAUGAAAUGAAACAUACACACAUACACCACAAUUGAACAUCUUUAAUUAACCCCAGAUGUAUAUAUUCGAAAAAUUAAACUUGUUUAUUCAUGCUACAAAUUUUACUGUCAAAUUGAUCGAAUAUCAUAGAGACUUGAAUAAAAUGCAAACUUACUGAUUA